AUGUCCCGCUCACCAGAUAUGCACCAUGACCAGGCCUCGACCAACUACAAGGAAGCCUUCUCUCUCUUCGAUAAGCGCGGUACCGGCAAGGUCGCGCUCGAGUCGCUGGGCGACCUCCUGCGCGCAUGCGGUCAGAAUCCCACUUUGGCGGAGAUCGCAGAUCUGGAGAAGUCCGUCGGUGGAGACUUUGACUUCGAGUCGUUCUUGAAGGUCCUCAACCGCCCUGGAGGCUUCCGUGACCCCGGCGAGCCCGAAGAAUACUGCCGCGGAUUCCAGGUGUUUGACAAGGACCUGACUGGGUUUAUCGGUGUGGGACAGCUCCGUUACAUCCUGACGAAUCUCGGAGAGAAGAUGUCGGAUGAGGAGGUCGACGAGCUGCUCAAGGCCGUCGACACCAGCUCCGGCGAGAUCAACUACACCGAUCUCGUCCGCACCAUUCUGGCCAACUAA